AUGGAUUGGUUUCACUGCAACAGUUGUUUUUUGAGGCGAGGGAAUAACUUUUUAGUGUCCAGCUGUGGUCACGUACUUUGUGAGAGCUGCAUAAAACCAAAUCGCUGCUGUGUGUGUCAAUCUAGCUGCAGCUACCUGCCUAUAUCUGACCAGAUGAAACCUCAGGAGCAGAUGUUCUUCAAAGACCCAAUAAACAUCCUUCAUACCCGACUGGAGCAUAUUGCAAAGAUUGCAACGUUCCAGAGGAAACAGAAAGAGAGAGUCAUGGUCUUCCACAAACACCAAUUUGUAGAGAUGGAAAGAAGACUAAAGGAAGUCAGUGAACAGUGCCAAAGACAGGUGUCCGAGCUCAGGAAGGAGAAUGCUGAACUUAAGAAGCCUCUUUCCCAGAGAAGGGUAUCGCCUGGGACGUUUAAGACAAACGGAAACAUUCCAAGGAUGACAUUACCUGUGGCUGUCACAUCGCCAGUCACUCCGCGCUCCAGGACUGUCAGUGUCCCAGGUUCCAGCGAUACCAUGGAGAGGUUUCGACACCUCAGACCCAGACUGGCAUCUCCGCUGGAUACUUCCUCCCCUGUAUCUCCGCUGAGUUCGCUGAACGAACACGGAUUUAGAACACCCACCUCUGUUACUACACCACUGAGGUCAGACCAUGUAACUCCAAACAUGUUCCAGUUCCACUUGUUACCUGGGGCAACAUUUCAGUCCCCACAACCAUGGAAUAUAUAGUGGUCAGGUCUCUAAAUACGACUUGAUGUAUCAGCGAGACACCUGUAAAUCAUAACCGAAGUUAUAUUAGUGGUUUUCCCGUUAUUUGAUAUCUGUUAUAGUUGAAAUCUGUUAUUUCAGCUCAAGUGCACUUGUGCAGGUCAAAGACUGUUUGUGAAAGAUGUGAAACAAAUGUGGUGUUUUCUCUUGAUAUAUACGUUUGCAGUGUUAUA